AUUCCGUCGCCGGUGACGUGGCUGCUGGGAAAGCUCUUCCCGGUUGUUGUGACAAGCUCCACGGCUCCGGGCUCCUGCAUUGACCGGUGGAUACCUGUGCCAAAAAAACAAAAACAAAAAAAAACAAAAACAAGAACCAAAAGAGACGCUCGUACUGGUAAACAAAGAGCCGAACGGUUUGCCAUUUUGUGUGCUUUGAAAGAGGUAGCCGGUUGAAUUAGCCGCUGACUGCUGCCAGACAUGGAGACGUAUGGCAACUCGCACAAGAAACAGAAGCUGAGCAACACCGCCGAGAGCUGGGGAAUGCAACGUGCAACUAAUGUCACCUAUCAAGCUCAUCAUGUCAGCCGAAACAAGCGUGGGCAGGUUGUGGGCACAAGAGGAGGCUUCAGAGGAUGCACAGUUUGGUUGACUGGUUUAUCCGGUGCAGGGAAGACCACAGUGAGCAUGGCUCUGGAGGAGUACCUGGUGUGUCACGGUAUCCCCUGCUACACCCUUGAUGGGGACAACAUCCGUCAAGGGCUGAACAAGAACCUGGGUUUCAGCCCAGAGGAUCGGGAAGAGAACAUUAGACGCAUUGCUGAGGUGGCCCGCCUUUUUGCUGAUGCUGGGCUGGUCUGCAUUGCAAGCUUCAUCUCUCCCUAUAGCAGGGAUCGCCUCAAUGCUAGGAAGAUCCAUGAGGCUGCAGGGCUGCCUUUCUUUGAGGUGUUUGUGGACGCUCCACUGGACGUAUGUGAGCAGAGGGACGUGAAGGGACUGUACAAGAGAGCUAGAGCGGGGGAAAUAAGAGGUUUCACUGGAAUUGACUCAGAGUAUGAGAAGCCGGAGGCCCCAGAGCUGGUGCUGAAGACUGACUCCUGCAAUGUGAAUGAGUGUAUACAACAGCUUAUUGACCUGCUUCAGGAGAGGGAUAUAGUUCCUGUUGAUGCAUCUUAUGAAGUGAAAGAGCUGUAUGUUCAGGAGAACAAACUGGACCUGGCUAAGGCUGAUGCAGAGACUCUGCCUGCUGUACAGAUUGGCAAGGUGGACAUGCAGUGGGUGCAGGUGCUGGCUGAAGGCUGGGCCACUCCUCUGAACGGUUUUAUGAGGGAGAGAGAGUACUUGCAGUGUCUUCAUUUUGACUGUCUGCUGGAUGGUGGUGUCAUCAACCUGUCAGUGCCUGUGGUGCUGCCAGUGUCGACUGCAGAUAAAGAGCGUUUAGAUGGCGUGACUGCCAUGGCCCUGGUCUAUGACGGCAGGCGAGUUGCCAUCCUUCGCAACCCUGAGUUUUAUGAACACCGCAAAGAAGAGCGCUGUGCUCGCCAGUGGGGCACCACUUGCAAGGACCACCCGUAUAUCAAGAUGGUGAUGGAAAGUGGGGACUGGCUGGUCGGCGGAGACCUGCAGGUUCUGGACAGGAUCUACUGGAACGACGGACUCGACCAGUACCGACUGACACCCACUGAGCUCAAACAGAAGUUUAAAGAAAUGAAUGCAGAUGCCGUAUUUGCCUUCCAGCUCCGCAACCCGGUCCACAAUGGUCACGCUCUUCUGAUGCAGGACACCCACAAGCGUCUCAUCGAACGAGGCUACCGCCGGCCCGUGCUGCUGCUCCAUCCACUAGGAGGGUGGACCAAGGAUGAUGAUGUGCCGCUGCCUUGGCGAAUGAAGCAGCACGCUGCUGUGCUGGAGGAGGGCGUCCUGAAACCAGACUCUACCAUUGUUGCAAUCUUUCCUUCACCCAUGAUGUAUGCUGGGCCAACUGAGGUUCAGUGGCAUUGCAGAGCUCGAAUGGUGGCUGGUGCCAACUUCUACAUUGUGGGCCGUGACCCUGCUGGCAUGCCCCACCCUGCCACAGGAAAGGACCUGUACGAACCCACUCACGGGGCCAAGGUCCUAACCAUGGCUCCAGGCCUCAUCACCCUGGAGAUUGUACCCUUUAAGGUUGCUGCGUACAACAAAGUCAAAAGUGCAAUGGAUUUUUAUGACCCCAAAAACCAUCAAGACUAUGAUUUCAUCUCAGGUACACGCAUGCGUAAGAUGGCUCGCGAGGGAGAGAAUCCUCCUGACGGCUUCAUGGCGCCAAAGGCCUGGGCUGUGCUGAAAGAAUAUUACAAGUCACUGGAGAAGGCUUAAAGGUUGAGUCUCAGAUGAAAAAACGUGGGAACACAGUGGUUUCUACUGAUGUUUAAAAUGAUGAAUGUGGGGACCACUCGGCUACUAUCACAAACCAUGCUCUGGCUUCUGUCUCUUGUCACUUUUACACUCAUGAAACUGGUCUCAGCUGUUUUUAGUCUUAUCACAUUUGUUGUCUAACUGUACGUGCUUUAUUUGACUAAACUUACUCUGACUGAGGUCAGAGGUUGAGUUGGUAUUUCAAGAGAAUCAACAAAAAAAUGUCUUCAUGGUAGAUGUUGCGUUUCUCACUAACUUUAUGACUGUAUAUUCUGAUGACUGGUUACAAAAAUAUUGUGUAAGAAUUUAAAGAUCAAGACUUGUAAUGACCUGUGUGGAAAGUACUGUUGACCAGUACUUAAAUAGUUUGGAAUGAAUUUUUAGUAUUCUUGAUGUCCAAAUUUAAGAAGUUACUGCACCUGCUUGAGUUCACAUAACUCACUACUGAACCCCAAACAAGUCGCUUUGUACUGUAUGUUUGCAAGUGGCGGUGGCAAUUGCUCAAAAUUUGGUGUACACGAGUAUUUGAUGUAAAAGUUGAGUGCCUUGGUCUUAAGAAAGUGAAUUCACAUGAUGUCUUCUUUUAAUUAGGACACACACACACACACUUCUUGUCCCACUUGUUGGUACGCAGUGGUCCAGUAGUUCAAGAACUGGUCUGCAAAACAGAUCAGUACUUCAGAUGUUUUUAUUGGGAUAUGUGACCCUAACCGUCCUAAACUUUCUCUUUUUUUUGUCAUAUUAAGUCUAUUUAUUCUCUACCACCAUUGCAGUGUUUUCCUUUUUUAACCGUGUUGUGCAUGUAGUUUUAGAGCUCUAAGCUUUUUCCUUCACAGUCUUGAUAUGUUGUUACGUUUUCA